AUGGAGGUCCAAGAUAUCCUCGACACAUCAAAGUUAGCUUUCGAGGGUGACUUUGAACAGCAAGUAGAAGAAAUUUUAUUACACGUAAGACUUUCUAAAGAAGAGGUGCUGAGAUUGCAGACCUUAUUUGACGAUCUCUACAAUGCUCUAAGCAGAGUUUGGGAUGGAAUCAAAGUUCAUGCAUUUGGAUCAAUUGUGACAGGAUUGGGAAUCAAAGCGAGUGAUGUAGACUGUUAUGUGGAGCUACCAAGUUGGCUCAGUCCUCCAGAAAAAUCUUUCUUAUUCAAAGCCAGGAAUUUAUUUAAACUAGAGCCCUGGAAAUUUCAACAGCUGUUUGCAAUAUCCUAUGCCAGAGUACCCAUUCUCAAAUUUUAUCAUACCCCAACUAAGUGCAAUUGUGAUCUUAGUUUUAGUAAUGCUGCAGGAGUGCAAAACAGCAAAUUAAUAACUUACUUUUUAAAUUUAGAUGUAAGAGUAUUGAAACUGGCGAUUCUCAUCAAAUAUUGGUCUAAGAUACAUGAAGUAACAGGCACCAAUUUUAUGUCUAGCUACAGCUUAACUUUGUUGCUUAUAUUUUAUUUACAACAGAUAGGUUUCCUGGAGCCUGUUAUCACAUUACAGCAAAACUCUCCUGAGCUCCUGAUUAAUCAUUUUAAUCAUGCAUUUAAUGAAUUAGAAUGUCACAUCUCCAAUAAUCAAACAUUGUUCCAGUUAUUGGAAGGGUUUUUUAAAUUUUACCACAAUUUUAAAUUUGAAAAAUAUGUCAUUUCUUUAUAUUUAGGUUGUGCUAUUGAAAGGGAUUUAUUUGUUGAUGUGAAAACAGUCCCAUUAGAAUUUUCCUUAUAUCAUAGCAAUUUAUCUCAGAAACUCUGUCAGCCGCUCCGACUGGAGACGGCCAUGUGUGUUCAGGAUCCCUUCGAGCACAGUCGGAACUGUGCAAUACGAGUGCACCCUAAACUGUUCAAACAUAUUAUGAACACAUUUAGAAACGCCGUUUCAGAUUUUGAAAACAAUAAUGAAAGAAAUGUUCUGAAAAAAUUGCUAUAUAGAACAAUUGAUAACACUCCCACCAAGAGUAAAGACAGCCACAGAGCACGCCUCAAGGGGGUGCAGAAGAAAUUCAAUAAUAAUAAAAAUAAAUCCCAACACCAUCAGAAAAAUAAACAAAAUGUACAGUUUAUUAAAAGUCAACUUCAGGGUAAACAACAGGGUCAAAGAUAA